AUGAAUUGCUUUAUUUUUGAAGAUUCUAACCAAGUACUAGAGCGAUUAACAUUUACUUAAAAACUUACCCUUUCAACUUUGAAUUUUCUAGAUUUCUGCCUUUUCCCCAAAACACCUUACUAUGGAACUGAAUAUAUCACUGAAAGAGGAUUAUUGAGGUAAAUUAUGAAAGAUGAGAAAAUUAAUGGAACUCUUAAGAAGCAUUCAAAUCAUAUAAGAAGGUUUGCAGAUCCUAAAAUAUUUGAGAGCGAUUAGAUUUUAUACAAAAAGAAUAAUAGUGCUGAAUAAGAAGGAUAUUAAUGGAUUCAUUAUCUUUGGGUUUAGAACAAGCAUAUUAUCCCUAAAACUGUAACUCUGUUUUAAAAUUUGGGUGUAAUUGUAAGAGAAAUAGAAGAACUUAAAUACUUUAAUGACGAAAAGAUUUAAAAGUAAUAUCAGUAUUAUAUUUGUGACAUCGAAGCAAUUGCUGCUGCAAGUGACCUUAUUAGAAUUGUUGCAGUGCUUGAAUUUGGAGGGAUUUAUUUUGAUAACGAUUUGACUAUAUGGAAAUGGAACUACGAUAUUCACUACUAUUUUGAUUUCUUUGGGCAAUAUUUCAAAAUUUUAAGAACUCUCAAGGGCAUUAGUAACUCAUUUAUCGCGGCAAAACCAGGUCAUGUUAUACUUGAAAAAUACUUACACUAUAUGGUAAGCUAGUUUAAAACACAUGAAAAAGGAAUAGAAGAUAGACCAUUUUAUUAAAAUUUAUGCUCCUAUAAAACUGUUGCAUCGACAAUACAUGGCACUGGCCCUACUGUUUUCACAACUAUUUCCUUUAAUUAUCUUAACACAGAAGGGAAUUAAGAUGUACUAAUAAUGAGUACAGGUGGACCUCCUCAUUAGGUUCAUAUAAACACUAUUGAUAAUUAAGGUACUUAAGGAAGGCUAAUGAUCAAUGUUGAAAUGGAAGACAGAACUACAAACCUAUGGAGAAAUGAUCUCAUAGAUGGUUCUGUUUUUGGAUUUCCAGAGUUAAAUGAUUUUUAAUGA